AGGACUCCUGGUUUGGGGGCUAUGAGCAUUGGCGCUCCUAGUGCUGCUGGGCGGUAGGGAUGCCCAAAGAUUUUACGGGUUUGAGGCAGCAGGAGUCCAGACGCUUGCUGGGCUCAGGACUCUUGGUGGGAUGAUACUCGCUGCCCAAGCAGACUUCCCUGUCACACCAUGGACCCUGAAGUGUCCCUCUUGCUGCUGUGCCCUCUUGGGGGACUGUCCCAGGAGCAGGUAGCAGUAGAGCUGAGCCCAGCUCAUGACCGUCGUCCACUGCCUGGAGGAGACAAGACCAUUUCUGCCAUCUGGGAGACCCGGCUACAGACCCAACCCUGGAUCUUUGAUGCCCCCAAGUUCCGUCUUCACUCAGCCACACUGGCAUCCAGCUCACCUGGGCCACAGCUGCUCCUGCACCUGGGGCUAACUUCCUACCGGGACUUCCUGGGCACCAACUGGUCCAGCUCGGCCUCCUGGCUGCGACAGCAGGGAGCUACAGAUUGGGGUGACAAGCAAGCCUAUCUGGCAGACCCACUGGGGGUGGGUGCCGCGUUGGUCACAGCUGAUGACUUCCUUGUCUUCCUGCGCCGCUCUCAGCAGGUGGCCGAGGCACCUGGGCUGGUGGACGUGCCCGGUGGGCACCCUGAACCUCAGGCCCUGUGCUCUGGUGGCAGCCCCCAACACAAGGACCUCCCUGGGGAACUGGUGGUCCAGGAACUCUUCUCCAGUGUCCUACAGGAGAUAUGUGAUGAGGUGAACCUGCCACUGCACACCCUGAGCCGGCCACUGUUACUGGGCAUCGCUUGUAAUGAGACCAGCGCGGGCAGAGCCAGUGCAGAGUUCCAUGUCCAGUGCAGCCUAACUUCAGAGGAGGUCAGGAGUUACUACAUGAAUGGGGGACCUGAGGCCCACGAGUCUACAGGAAUCAUCUUUGUGGAGACACAGAGGGUCCAGAGACUGCAGGAGACGGAGAUGUGGACACAACUCUGCCCUUCAGCCAAAGGGGCCAUCCUCCUCUACAAUCGCCAUCCAACUCUACAGUCGGGUGCUGGGAAGUCCCACCUAAGUAAUCCUAGCGUCCCAGCCCUAUCACUACAGCUCUGAAGACAAUAAAGGACUUUUAUUCUUGGA